AUGGUGUCUGCGUACGCACUGUUGGCUUUUAUCGGGGCAGCUGUGCUGCCCUUUGUAGCAGCGGAUGGUGACCGGGUCACUGUUCUGCAGCCAUGUGGCGAUGCCGAACAUGCUACAGCCCAUGCGAUCGUGCCCGACGCUGGGUGCCAGAAGAUCUCGGACUCGGGCUCGUUUAGCCUCCUGGCUCUCAACAUGGACAAGCACACCAAGCUGGGCUUCUCCGCCACCCCGGACUGCAAGCUCACCUACACGCCUUCGUACGACGACCUGGCCAAGCUCAUGGCUGGCGCUCGAUGCAAUACCUACGUCACGGGAUCCAAGCAGGCCUCAGAUUCCGACAAGGACGCAAAGGACUCUCGGGCGCAGCAGCAAGAUGGCAGUCCGACCGAAGCGAACAGGAUGCACAAGCGCAGGGCGGACAGCAUUGACGCAUCAAAGCUCAAACAGCUCAGUGCGGCAGAAAACCAGCAGGUGCCGCUCAACUACGUGAUGCUUGUUCAGCCUCAAGACACCAUCGGCUAG